GCUUUUAAAUGUCGACAGUUGACGUCUGUUUGCAUGGAAUCACGCAUGCGUGUACGGCACAAGUCCCUCCCGGAAUCAACGCGCAGGCGUAGGUGGGUGCGUUGACGCGGAGCACACCGGGAGCUGUAGUUUAUUUUGUCUGUGGUCCGUGACGUUUUUUCUCUGGCUCGCCUGUUUUUUUUGACCCCCCCCCCCCAAAGGAAGUGGUUUGGGGGGUCGGCUGUGUUUUGGUUGUGGUCUGGCGUGUGUUUGAUGUAAAAAGGAUAUAACACAAGAUGAUGUUGGAGCGUGUGGACGGGACAGGGACUGUCGACCUGCCUGCCGGCCUCACCACCAUCGGGCGAGGGCCUCUUCUCGGGGUUUCCGAUAAACGAGUAUCCAGAAACCAUGGCCUGCUGGAAGUGUUGGAUGAGAAGUUGCGCAUUAAACCGAUACACAUUAAUCCAUGCUUCCAUCAGUCCUCAAGUAGAGACCAGCUUCUGCCUCUGGAGAAAGAUAAAUGGCACUGGCUGAACCCAGGAGACUGCUUUUCUUUGUUGCCAGACAAAUAUAUAUAUAAAGUUAUCUCUUCCAGUUCGGAUCAGACUUUAAGAAACAGUGACCUGUCCAGUUUUGAAGAUGAUCAGUCUAACUCAGAAAAUUUGCAGUUAGGUCAAGGGAAGUUUAAGAAUGGCUCUGAGGAUUACACAGAAAAACCUACUAAAUCUUUCAAGGCAAUGACAAGAGAUUCAAAAGAAAAAUCCAGCGCAUUUGAAUCAAAUAACAUUUUGGAGAAUAUGUCAAAAAAUCAGCAACAGAAUAAUGGUAAUGCACCACUGAACCCUGUGCAGAGGAAAAGGGUCUUGCCAGCUUGGAUGCUGCAAGUUGCAAAAGAAGUACAAAGUACUUCACCUUCUAUGAAUAAACAAGGUAAAGGAAGGGGACGUGGAAGAGGAAGAAAUGAUGCGGAGCAAACCAAAAUGGAGGCAACUCAACCAGGAAGAAAAAGAAAUGAAUCAUUUGAGAACAUCAAAGAAAAUGAAGCAUCAGAUCAACCACUGGAGAAAAAGGGCAGAAGGAAAAAAGCUGAGGCAAGUGAAAAUGAAAAGCCUACACUCAGCAAGAGCAAUACUAAAGAGAGCAAUUUUGGAACAAAUUCCACUUAUGUCAAAAGGAAAGGAGAACUAAAAAAACAAUUCAGAAUGCCUUCUCAGAUUGAGAGGAACUGGAAGCUUGACGAUGUUGAAAGCAGAAGCCAAGAAGAUUGUGGCCCACAGAAAUUGCAUGAAGUAAGCAACUGGGCAAUGAGCGAGGAGGAGGAGGAGGUGGGAUUGCUCCAUCGGCCAUGUGAGCAGGAGCAGCUGCAGCGCACACAAGUGCGAGAUCCCCAUUGUAAAAAUAGAAGCCCAAGACUUGAAGAGACAGAGCCAGCAGGAGAUACAAGUGCAUCUCAGGCUAAAGAGCAAAAGAAGAGAGCAUGUGUAUAUGGAAGUAAUUGUUACAGGAAGAAUCCAGUUCAUUUUCAAGAGUUUAGUCAUCCUGGAGAUCCAGAUUAUGAAGACCCAUUAGUUGGAGAAGAGGAUGGCGACAACAAACCAGAGUGUCCUUUUGGUACUGCUUGUUACAGGAAAAACCCACAGCACAAGAAGGAAUACAAGCACACUCAGCCUCCAGAAAGUAAAUUAAGAAGACCAAGAAGACAAGUUGCUCAGAAAGGUAAAAGUGCGUUGGAUAAUGAGAGCGAUGAUGAUGGUGAGCCCAACCAAUAUGAUCUGGAUGAUACUUUUAUUGAUGAUGAAGAUGAUCUGGAUCCUACUGAUGAAGAUUCUGAUUGGGAACCAAGUUCAGAUACCAAUGAAGAUAUUGAUACAUUAAGAAAAGAAGCUAAUAGAUUUGUAAACAGACGUUAAAAAUGGCACUUUUCAUUCUUAACCUUGAGCACUAAUUAAUCUUGGAUUCCUUCUAUUGCACUGAAAAUAACAUUUGAUGGCUGGAGUUCGUGUUACAGUUCAGUACUUCGAGCUAUUUAAUAUUUUACUUUUAUGGAAUUCAAUUAUCUUCUAUCAAUUUGAAAUGAUUAUUAGUUCACAAGCUGAAUAAGUCUGUAAAUGGAAUUUGAGCACAUUUGUUGUUCACUACAGAAAAUGAGGAGUACAAGAGCUUAAAGUUUACAAUAUUGUUGGAACAGGUGAGAAACUUCCAUAUGUUACAUUUGUUUGCCUUUGCACUGGAAGAAAUGAAGCAUUUAUUUCUGAUCAACUUUUGUUGCAGCAUUACUCCCCCUGGCAACAAAUGAGAUGCUGAAAUAGCCCACAGUUCAUGGUUUUUGGAAAUUUGUGUAAAACAAAGUCUGAUUUCUUUAUUUAAAGAAAACUCAUAAAAAGAGGGGAAGAAAAAUGAUAGGAAUUUUACUUUGUGGCUAGUGUUCAAACUUCUGUUGAAUGUUUGCACAUGCCCAUUAAUAAGCAAACCUGCUUUGACACUGUCCUUUACAAAACUGCCCCUUUUUGGAGUGGAAGGUGAGGAGGGAGUAGAGACUACAACUGGUGAUUAAUUAAUGACUCAAAGAUUUCACACAGCAUUGUGGGGAGGUGGAAAUUUGGAAGUAGUACCGACUAAAAGGACAAAGAAUUGAAGCUUCCAAAUCAAAUUCUAAUAAGGUCCCAGUUGACAGACAUCAAUGUCUGAUACGCAGCUGAGCAAGUCAACAAGUAGGAACUGCUCACUGAGCUCUCUGCCCACCUAUCUUUUGGUGCCACCAAAAGAGCUUAUGUCUAUCACCAGCAGCCCUGCUUUAGUCUCAUUAUAGUGCUGCUAUUGAAGUUAGGGCUGUGGCUGGUGAAAUGCUGUGGAUUAAUGGUACUAUAAAAUUGAUAAGGUAAACAGAAUUCCUAAUGUUAAAUUGAAUUUGAUCUCAAAGUUGCUGUAAGGUGAUUUCACAGUGCAGUUAAUGAAAUUGUUUGUAAAUUUAAGAGGAUUCUUGAUAGUUAAGAUUUGAAUGAAAUAAUUUUUGGGCUUUUACCUCCCGAGUCAAAUUGCCCGUUCCUGCCAGAUGGCAAGGCUUAGUGGCAAUCACAGCAAUUUGAUGUAAACUCAAAACAGAAACUUGCUAUGCUGAAACAAACCCAGGGCUGAUCACUUACUUAUUGAUGCUCCAUUAUUUGGGUAUAAUAUGUGGCCUCAUUUCUUUAUAAUUGUUUUUUUUUUAAUUGCUUCACCCUAUACAAUGCACAGUGUGUUGAGAUCCCAUAAUUGACCUGCUUUUAAUUUUACCACUAUCACCUUGUGUUGUUAACUGAAUGUAUAUCUAAAAUAAUUCUUUUAUAAUGUUUAUAUGAAAUGGGUUUGGAAAAUAAUUGGUGUGCAAAUCUGACAAUAUAAAUACUUUGCUCUUGAUGAUU